CUGCGGCCCCUUUCUUCCUUUCGCACGAUCGCGCCGUCGAAGAACGAGCACCAUGAGCUUGCUCUGCCUCGCCUUCGCCCUGAGCCUUUGCGGAGUCCGCGGCUUGGGGGACCCGGGGCCUUUGGAGGACGUCGUCAUUGACAGAUACUACAUCCCCAAAGUGUGCUUGCGAGAAGUCCAGAUGGGCGACUUCGUCCGCUACCAUUACAAUGGGACCUUUCAAGACGGCACCAAGUUUGACUCCAGCUAUGACCGAGGGGCCACCGUGGCAGGCGUGGCAGGCGUGGGGCGGCUCAUCACCGGCAUGGACAGAGGCCUGCAGGGCAUGUGUGUAAAUGAGAGAAGGCAUCUUAUUGUGCCGCCUCAUCUAGGCUACGGCAGCAUUGGUGUUGCCGGUCUGAUUCCCCCAGACACUACCCUCUACUUUGAUGUCAUCAUGCUUGAUAUUUGGAACAAGGAAGACAAGCUGCAGAUCACCACCCUGAGCAAACCACAACACUGCAACCGCACAGUGGAGAAUUCGGACUUUGUGCGUUACCACUACAAUGGAACACUUCUGGAUGGGACCCCCUUCGACUCCAGCUAUGGAAAAGGCAGUAGUUAUGACACCUACGUGGGUUCAGGCUGGCUGAUCAAAGGCAUGGACGAGGGGCUGCUGGGCAUGUGUCCUAGAGAGAAGCGGAGAAUAGUCAUCCCCCCGUUCCUGGCCUACGGUGAGAAAGGCUAUGGUACUGUCGUUCCCCCUCAAGCCUCCCUGGUUUUUGAUGUUCUUCUGGUGGAUCUGCACAAUCCAAAAGAUGGCAUCUUCCUGGAGCACUUGGAAGUACCGGUGUCAUGCAACCGCAAGGCUGUGACCGGAGAUUUUGUGCGCUACCAUUAUAACGGCACCUUAAUGGAUGGGAGCCUUUUUGAUUCCAGCUACUCACGGAAUCACACGUAUGACACUUAUAUUGGGAAAGGCUAUAUUAUCCCAGGAAUGGACCAAGGACUGCAAGGGGUCUGCACUGGUGAAAGGAGAAGAAUCAUCAUCCCUCCCCACUUGGCCUAUGGAGAAAAUGGGGCAGGAAACAAGAUCCCUGGCUCAGCUGUUCUCAUCUUUGAUGUCCAUGUUAUCGAUUUCCACAAUCCCACGGACUCUGUAGAGAUAGAGACUAUCUAUCGGCCUGUGGACUGUAACAUCACCACUCAAGACAGAGAUUUUGUCCGCUACCAUUACAACUGCUCCCUCCUGGAUGGCACCAAGCUGUUCUCCUCCCACGACUACGAACAUCCUCAAGAAGCCACUCUGGGUACCAACAAGAUAAUUGAAGGCCUCAACAACGGCCUGCUCAACAUGUGUGUGGGAGAGAAACGGACCGUCAUCGUUCCUCCACAUUUGGGACACGGUGAAAGUGGUGCCCGGGGUGUACCUGGCAGUGCUGUUCUCUACUUUGAGAUAGAGCUUUUACACCUAGAGGUGGGUGUUCCAGAAGGGUACCUGUUUGUCUGGCACAGUGAGCCACCAGAAAACCUGUUUGAAGCCAUGGAUCUCAACAAGGACAAUGAAGUCCCGCCUGAGGAGUUCUCAACAUUCAUCAAAUCCCAGAUUGCAGAAGGCAAAGGUCGUAUGAUGCCAGGCUCUGACCCGGAAAAGGUAGUUGCUGACAUGUUCCAAAACCAGGACAGGAAUAAGGAUGGGAAGAUCACAGCAGAUGAACUGAAGCUGAAAUCUGAUGAGGAGCAAGUUAAACAUGAGGAACUUUAAAAGGGAGAGAACUUUAGGAUCAGGCUUAUUUUUUUUUAAGCACUUCUGUUUGGUACCUCUUUCCCUGCCUUUGGCGGCUGAUCCUGAGUUACAGAGGCUGAACCUAGGGACCCAGCAUGUUUUGUUCCCCACGCGGGGCCACUUCAAAUUUGUUUUUUGAGAACUAUUUAAAUGAAAUCCUGUUUGAACAAACCAAAAUCAGGGAGUUCACACCAUGCUGCUUUCCCAAAGCACUGGUUGUCUAUUUCCAGAGACUAACCUCAUCCCACCCCAGCUGAAUCUGCUAUAUUUCCUCAAGCCCACCCCUCUGCAGUAGAUUGUCCAGGACAGAAGCCAUGGCAUUUAUCUUCUGUCUCUGACUUCACCAGAUUCAGGCAGUCUUGUUACUGGGUAAAUUUCUGUCUAAAUCAAGAGAAGCUGAAUUAUGUAUCAGGGAAACCCCAGACUAGGUGAUAAGGACCAAGUGAGCCAAAUCAGAAAGCUUUGCAUUGUUUAGUCGAUUUCCAGGGUUUAAAAAUAUUUUUUUGUAUUAGUCUAUUCCCAGGUUUUCAAAGAAUUGGGAAUUUUAAUUCUUUUUCUUUUUGGCAAACUAGGAAUGUGAGGAGCAAAAAUGUGGAGAUAGAGGUAUCAAUCUGUUCUUACAUUAUUCUCCUGGGAGGGUGCCUGCACCUUAAAGGCCUCUUUGGCAAAGGGCGAUUCAACAGCAACGGUGUUUCCUCACAGCUGCAUCUCCAUGCCAGGAAAGUCUGCACUUGAUAAAUUUCUGCAGCUACUGUUAAAAGGCCCAAGCCUUUUUAAGAGUCUGCCUUAGGAACAGUAAAAGUUAAAGGAAAUGCUUGGAAAUUUGAAGGGGGCAGGUGAGGUGAGGUGAUCAGGGCUCCCUACCUUCCAAACGUAAGGCAUGGGCAUAGCUUUCUUUCCUUUUACCAGCCCUGCUUCCAUCUUUCGCCUCCUCAGUUAUUGGCCAUCUAGUUUUAGUCAACAAAAUUCAAAUUCUUCAACUAUUAGGAAACUUAGAAGUGGCAUGAAAUAUGCAAAACACUUAUUUUGAACUCUAAAUAUAAGGUGCUUUUUUCUGAUGUGGGGUACACAUAACCCCAAGUGAGGGUUUUUUCCACACGCAGAUAUACAAGUAGCAUUUCUGUUAAGUGCUCCCUGGAUUGCUGGGUUGCUCUCUCACAUCUCAAGUCAUUACUUCAAGUGCCUUAAGAGGUUUCCCCCCUACCACUGUGGAUCUCCAAGUUCAUAAAUAAUGCCCACCUUUGUAUGUGGUUUAACUUAUUGUGGCACAGGAGAGGAUGUUCCAGCUCAGAAAAUUUGGUUUAUCAAAAGAGAGAACUAGGACUAAGGGCUGGAGGGUGGGUAAGUGGGGGAGCAAUAUUCAGUCACAAGGGUUCUUUUCCAUGUUGCAAGUCAAGAUGGACAAGGAGGGUCGCCAAAGCAUUUCAGCCUACUACUACAAAUGGACCGUUCUUUUAAUUCAGCAUUCAGAUGUCAUUGUUAAAACAUCCUAACUUACAAAAGGUUCUGGAGUGGUUCAAACAUACUUUCCUUGUAUAUUGGGGUGGUGCUUGUUUUAAAAAGCAAAAAACUAGAUAAAAGCAGACAGGCAAUCAAGCAAAGAAAAUACACAUACCACAAUUUUCAAAAUAAAUGGUUUUAUUAUCUUUA